UUGAAUGUGAUAAACGAACGCUUCUAAGCGAGUCAGCUGAAAAAAAGCUUGCAUUUAAUACAUCGAAACAUUUUAAUCCUGAAAAGAUAAUUACUUUCUUGAAGUUGUGACCAAAAUGCCCGUGGACCAGAUUCAAUACUCCGAAAGAUAUAAUGAUGACGUAUAUGAAUAUAGACAUGUCAUCUUACCACCGGACAUCGCUCGGCUAGUGCCCAAGUCCCAUCUAAUGACGGAGACAGAAUGGCGGAACCUUGGAGUGCAGCAGUCCCCUGGCUGGCUCCAUUUCAUGGUCCACAACCCGGAGCCCCAUGUCCUGCUGUUCCGGAGACCACGGAUGGACAUUCAGCCGCCGGUCAACGGGUUAGAUAGUAAUACAAGCUCGACUGUCAAAGUAUAGAUGUAGAAGGUGGGUAUUUUGUUUAGACUUUGAAAUUGGUUUGAGAUAUUAAUAUAGAUGAGAAGAGAGGAGACAUGAGGGAAUGUUGUUGGUUAAUUCCUGCAUGUCUCCUCUCAUCUACCCCCCAGAGGAAAGGCAGGCAGUCCGCAUCAAAUAGAUUGUGGCAGCCAAAGUGGGCAAAGAUAUUGUUACCUUUGUUACCAUAGGAAUGAUGGAAUGAUGGAAGGAAUGACCCACAUAUUUGACCACUUUGGCAACCACAAUUUAUUUGAUACUGCCUGUACAUGGUCAAUUUUAUGUUAAACUUAUUAUUUGAAAGUCUAAACAAAGCAUUACACCAAUUAAUUUUAUCAUCCUUGGAAUUAGUAAUAUCAUUAGUAUAGCAAACAUUUUAAAUCAACUAGGUAAUCAUUGAGGUCGAAUGUAUUUAGAGUUUUAUCAAUUGAUAAUAACUUUGGCUAUGUGCAAAAAUACUGAGAAUAUGUAUAAUCUAAGCCACGGUUCUCCAAAUUACGGCCCGCAGGCGGAAACGUGCAUGCAAGUCUGCACUUAACCCUUUGAACGCCACGCCUAUUGUUCGCGGUAUUGUGUGCCUAGCGUGCGUCAUCGUAAACCUCGCCGGAAUGCAUGAAGGUUGAUAUUGGGGCUGUAGCCAUGCGUGUCAGUUGACGUCUUUGGCAGUCGGUCGUCAGAUUGGCUUGGUUUAUCCCAAGGCCAUCUUAAAGAAAGUGGAGUGGAGGCUGGUGAAAGUGGUGGUGGCUGGAAAGUGGUCCCUUGUCAGAAAAUUUGGAAACCUAGGCCUUCCUUCCUUGUGUACAAAAUAUUGUACAUAUUUCAAUUUUUAUAUUUUAAUUGGAUAUACAGUUAGAACUUGAGAAUUUCUUAUUGAUUUAUAAAUAAUAUUCUAAUUCCAAGGAUUAUUUGUUAUGAUUCAUUUCCUAAUACUUAUUGUAUGAAAUAUUUAAACAUGUUAAACGACUGAAUAUUGUAGCUACGUGGAGUUUAUGUAAUAGUUGAUAGAUAAUUCGUGUUUUUAUCUAAAAUAUUAUUGAUUCAGUCUUAUGGAUGGUUGUAUAUUAAGAUUUUAAAAAUAUAAUACUAAUUUGAUUUUUAAUGUCCCCGACUUGUAUAUGAGGGACUUGUAUAGCCAUUGGAAUUUAAAUGAAACUGGUAUUAUACUUUAAAUAUCUUAAUAUGUUUUAUUUAUGUAGCAUUUAUAACAUUGAAUUCUAUUGAUAAUAUUGAUAUUCUAAAAUAUAUGUAUUUAUUACUAAUAGUUUGGAUUAUAGGCUUUCUAUAUAUUAUGCAUCAAUGCAUGGUUGGCUAUGUGCGUGAUUGUGCGCCCGCGUGACGCCUACGGACCACAUUAGUACCUAAUUUUACAGUGGACGUAUGAGUAUAUUCUGAAAAGUUCAGAAUGUCGGGUAAUUACAAAAAUGGACUCUAUGCGAUAGAAUUAUGGGUGAUUUUCGGAAUUAGCCGAAUACACCUUACUUCAAAUAGUAUAGAAAGUUCCCUAUUUUGCCACUAAGUGCGCUGUUGUAGCUUUUACUUCCCCAAUUGCACAAUAAACUUAAUUCGUCUUACAUCCAACGUGAACGCUAAAAUAGCAACCUAAUUGCAUCUACAUAAGGUUUGUUUUAGCAUAACUGUGUUUACGUUUUAGUUUACAUAGAAAACUUGCAUUUAAAUGCAAGUUUAAGUAUAGCAAACUUUCUUCCAUUUUUUUUAUUGUAAUAUUUGUGGAAUGCGUGCCUUAUGAAUUGUUUUUGAUUCUUGUGAUGUGACAGAAAUAACUAAUUUAGGUUAUCCAUGUUGUUCCUUAAUGCCUUAAUAGAUGUACUAUGUACCUAUUUUAUUGUUAAUAAAUACGAUUAAAUUACUUUAAAUCUUA